AUGUAUUGUCUUGGAGGACUUAUAGACUCCCAAGGCCACCAAAACCCCGAGUCCAAGCAAGAGAAAGGCGAUCAGGUAUCAAAGAACUCCGAAAACCAAGACAACAAGCGCCACACGCUUCCACCCAAGGCCAAAACUGUAUCCGAAGCCGACGCCGAGCUUCGCGAGCGACUCGAACAAAUGUCUGGAGCAGGAGGAGCCUGCGGAAUUGAAUACGAAGACGGCAAACCGAAUGCAAUGAAGCGCGGCGUGCGAAACAACAUGUUCCGAUUGAUUUGA